GAGGAAGGGAGGAGGAGGAGGAGGAGGAAGAGGAGGAGGGCUCACAGACUGACGCAGUGUGAUCACUUCCACUCUCCGCUCCCAGGAAGAGACUCGCAGACGCAGCGGUGAUCCGGGCACGGAGCUCCAGAGACGGCUGGUGGCGAUGAGGAAACACGCACUGAGCCCCCGGCAGCGCAGCUCGGCUCGGGGAUCGAACCCGCAGCUGUGAGGCGGUGUGUUGUCAUUGUGUGUCGCAGGAGAAGAGGAUGCCUCCGCGGCCGCGCACGCUCCUCAUAAUCCUCAGACUCAGGCCGCGUCGUGUGGUCUCUGAAGCUGCCCGUCCACCAUGCUGCCCACUAGGUCUCCAUGAAAACUCUCCAUGAUAACAAGGAGGAGGAGGAGGUGGUGGAGGAGGGGUCCGGCUGCAGAGCCAUGGAGGACAAGGAGAACAACCUGCAGACGGCCCGGCUGUGGAGGGAUGCCGCCCUGCGCUCCAGGAAGCUGCGGAGCAACCUGCGGCAGCUCACCCUGUGCUCCAAAGACAACCAGAUCAUCCUGCCGGAGGACAUCGCAGAGAUAGAGGUGCUCAAUCUGGGCAACAACUCCCUCCAGACGCUGCCCGACGGGCUGGGAUCCUCCCUCAACAACCUGCGAGUCCUGGUCCUCCGCAGGAACAAGUUCUCCACCGUUCCCCGGGUGGUGUUGGAGCUGGUGCAGCUGGUGGAGCUCGACAUGAGCCACAACUGCCUGAGGAGCGUCCCUGAAGGCGUGGGCCAGCUGAGGGCGCUGAAGAAGCUGUGCGUCAGUCACAACAAGAUCCAGACUCUGCCGGCUCAGAUGGGAGCGCUUCGGUCUCUGGAGGAACUCGACCUGAGCUUCAACGACCUGCACGACCUCCCGGCAUCCUUCUCCAGCCUCAGCAGGCUGCGGACUCUGGACGCGGACCACAACAAGCUGAACCGGUUCCCCCGGAUCCUGGCCCUCAGCGAGCUGGAGGAGCUGGACUGCUCCGGGAACAAGUUCGAGACGUUACCGGCGGACAUCAUGAAGCUGCGGUCCAUCAAAAUCCUCUGGCUCAGCAGUCUUCACAUGUCCACGCUGCCGGACGCCUUCUGCCGCCUGCACCACCUGGAGAGCGUGAUGCUGGACGGGAACGAGCUCACGGCGCUGCCCGCCGCCUUCGGACGCAUGCAAAGACUCAAAAUGCUCAAUCUGUCCUCCAACGAGUUUGAGAACUUCCCCCAGGUUAUUUUAAACAUCACAGGGUUGGAGGAAAUUUACCUGAGCAGGAAUAAACUGACGCACAUCCCGGAGGAGGUGGGGCAGCUGGUGAAGCUGGCCAACCUUUGGCUGGACAACAACAACAUCAGGUACCUGCCCGACUCCAUCGUGGAGCUGGAGAAGUUGGAGGAACUCGUUUUACAGGGUAACCAAAUUGCUAUACUUCCAGAUGACUUUGGGAAGCUGUCCAAAGUGAACAUCUGGAAGGUGAAGGAUAACCCGCUCAUCCAGCCUCCGUAUGAGGUGUGCAUGAAGGGGAUCCCGUACAUCGCGGCCUACCAGAAGGAGCUGGCUCAGGUGCAGCUCGCCGUGAAGCCGCGGCUCAAACUGGUGCUGAUGGGGACGACCAACGCCGGGAAAACCCGUCUGAGGCAGAGCGUGGUGAGCAGGCAGCAGGACGUUAGAGGCGUCCAGGGAAACAAAGGGAUCCAAGUCACCAACUGGGUGGCGGACGCCGAGCGCUGUCUCACCUUUCUGGUGUUUGACUUGUCAGGGAAGCAAAACUACGACCUCAUCAAUCCCUUCUUCCUCUCCCCCGGUGCUCUCUACAUCCUCGUUGUGAAUCUCAAAACGUACUCGCCCAAAAACUUUUAUGCCCACGUCGGGUAUUUCCUCCACCUGCUCAGCGCCAAAGUGCCCCACGCCGUCGUGUGCUUGGUGGGGACGCAUGCAGACCUGUGUGGAGAGAUGGAGGUGGAGGAGAAGAGUCUGGACAUUCACAGGGAGAUCGGGCUGCAGGAGCAGAGGGACAUCCAGGUGCUGAGGAGCCAGGCUCAGCAGGUGGACCAGGCGCUGGAGCAGGGCUUCAACCUCCGCUGCUCCAGCCCUCACGUCCUCUUCUACGGCGUCUCCGACAGGAACCUGAGGCGCAGGAAAUCCCAGCUGCAGUACAUGCUGAACCACCGGCUGCAGAUCCUGUCUCCUGUGCUGAGCGUCAGCUGCACGGCGAGCCAGAGGAACAUCCAGAGGCUGAGGGAGAAGCUCAUGUCUGUGGCGGACCACAGGGACAUCUUCCCAAACCUCCACCGCGUGCUGCCAAAGUCCUGGCAGGUGCUGGAGGAGCUGCACUUUAAGCCCAAAGACCUGUGGCUGUCGUGGUGGGACUCGGCCCGUCUGGGCCUCCAGGCGGGGCUCACGGAGGACCGGCUGCAGAGCGCCUUGUCCUACCUGCACGAGAGCGGGAAGCUGCUCUACUUCGAGGACAGCGUCACCCUGAAGGAGUAUGUGUUUCACAAUCUGCCACGAUUCAUUGCAAUCCUCAACGUCUUCUUCCAGAGGGACGAGUCCUCGCUGCUGGACAGGCUCCUCUCUGAGGGGGAGAGGGGGGACAAAGGGAGGGUGAGUCUGGUGAUAGAGGACGAGAAGGGGGAGAACCUCAGGGUGACCCACCUGCAGCACCACCUGGAGGGCUUCCUCCAACACGGCCUUCUGCCCUCCAACGUCAUCCGCCUGCUGCUGCGGCCGCUCAUCCAGACGCAGCAGGACCUCCACCUCAUCAUGGAGCUCCUGGAGAAGAUGGGGAUCUGCUACUGCAUCAACAAACCGCGCUGCCGGCCUCUGAACGGAGCCACGGCCUGGUACAAGUUCCCCAGCUACGUCAGCAGCGAGGAGCCCCGGGCGGAGGCCUCGGCCGGCUCCUCGCUGCCUCUGUGUCCCUUCUUCUCCGUGGAGCAGCUGCACAUCCAGUACAGCUUCCCCUUCCUGUUUCCUCCCGGACUGUUCGCACGGUUCAGCGUGCAGAUAAACGGCCACGUGGUGCAGAGGUCGGACGGCAGGCGGCAGAUCCUGGCCUACCGGGGUAAAGUCCCCGUGGUGAUCAGCCACCGGCCGUCCAGAGGGAAGCUGCAGCCGGAGACGCUGUCCAUCGCCAGCCACGCCUCGCUGCCCAACAUCUGGACCGCCUGGCAGGCCGUCACGCCGCUGGUGGAAGAGCUGAACGCUCUGCUGCAGGAGUGGCCCGGCCUGCACUACUCCGUCCACGUCCUCUGCUCCAAGUGCCUGAAGAGAGGCUCGUCCAGCCCGCACGCCUUCCCAGGUGAGCUGCUGAGUCAGCCGAGGCCUGAAGGUCUGACCGAGAUCAUCUGUCCAAAGAACGGCUCGGAGCGGGUCGACGUGGUCCUGGUCUACCCGCCGACCCCCACUGUGGUCAGCCCCUGUCUCAAGUGAUCUGAGGACCCCCCACCCCCAUC